AUGGGUGACGAGCAGCAGAAAGCGGGAAGCGGGUGGCGAGCGGCAGAAGGCGGGUGGAGAGCGGCAGAAGGCGGGAAGCGGGUGGCGAGCGGCAGACGGCGGGAAGCGGGUGGCGAGCGGCAGAAGGCGGGAAGCGGGUGGCGAGCGGCAGAAGGCGGGAAGCGGGUGGCGAGCAGCAGAAGGCGGGAAGCGGGUGGCGAGCGGCAGAAGGCGGGAAGCGGGUGGCGAGCGGCAGAAGGCGGGAAGCGGAUGGCGAGCGGCAGAAGGCGGGAAGCGGGUGGCGAGCAGCAGAAGGCGGGAAGCGGGUGGCGAGCACCAGAAGGCGGGAAACGAGUGGCGAGCAGCAGAAGGCGGGAAGCGGGUGGCGAGCGGAGACUGGCAGUGGAGUGA